GAUAGGGAACUUUGCCUACCCAUUUGCUCAUUAAAGAUUGAUUUUUAUCUAGAUCCCUUCCAACUGAACAUUCUUCAAAGUGAAUAUCUUUCUGAGUAUCUUAUCACACAACCUCAUUAG